AUGGGGGCACUGCGCUCGAGAAAGGGCCCGGCCGACGAGAAGAACGACAAGAGCAAGAAGCGGAAAGCCUCAUCAGUUGUCAUUCACCAGAAUGAUCCCAGUGAUGCCAGCCAGUCAAAGAAGAGGAAGAGCGAUGCAGAUGACCAAGUCGAUGAUAUCGACACAUCGAGGCCCACUGCCAUCUUCAAACCCACCCGGGGACGAGACUGGACUGUUAGCAUUGCAUUGCCCGGAAGCUGGACUCUCAAUGCCAAGAAGCCCGAUCACAAGACCAUCCAAGUAGGCCGCAUCGCACGCGCUGCAGCCGUAUUCUGCGUCGACGAGAUCGUUGUUUUUGACGACGAUCCGAGCAACGUAGACCCCAGAGUUGUGUCUGAUCACUACAUUCGCCAGGGCAAGGGCAAGAAGAGCAAGCAAGAAGUUCUCGAUUCUAUUCUUGAAGAAGACGAACCCUGGCAAAACCCGGAUCAGUUCUUGUUCCAUGUCUUAUCGUUUGCCGAGUGUCCGCCGCAUCUGAGGUACAACGCCGAGGACCCAAGUCUCAGCAUCUUCCAGGAGCACCAAAAUCUCAAGUGGUCAGGAUGUUUGCCAAGUAUGGACAUGCCUCAUCAUCUGAGGAGCCACGAAUGGUCUCAGUACCGGGAAGGUGUAGUCAUCGGUCCAGCGCCCGCCCCGAUAUCAUCUACCCCGAAGAGGAAGAAGUCGAACGUAAGCGCGUCGGACGAGCUUAUUUACGCAUAUGUUAAAUGCGGCCUGCCGUUUCCAGUACGGGUCCCUAUACCUUCAGGAUCGCCCAUCGAGGCCGCCAUGCGCACCACCGUACGCUUCGAAAGCGUCAACCCGCCUUCUUCUUGGCCACAUCUAUCAUAUGAAGACUGUGAAAGUCUGCAAGCCACAGCAUGCGCGUCGAGCCUACCGCGCGAAGAGUCCGGCUACUACUGGGGCUACAACGUCCGCCGCGCCACAUCGCUCAGCGCCGUAUUCGCCGAGUGCGAAUACUCAGGCGGUUACGACUACACCAUCGGCACGUCGGAGCGCGGCGUCCCCGUGCAUUCGAUCUUGCCUGGUUCAACUGCAAAAUCAGAAAAGAAAGCUCCCGAAUCUUUUAACCACCUCCUCAUUGUGUUUGGCGGCGUAGCGGGGCUAGAACCUGCUGUAGCAAACGAUUCGAAGCUAGUUGCUAUGGGUCUUGGCAAGCAGACGGCUCAUGACCUGUUUGAUGCGUGGGUUAACCUUGUGCCGGGGCAGGGCAGCAGGACAAUUCGGACAGAGGAGGCGGUGGAGUUUGGACUGUGUGCGCUGAAGCCGUGGAUUGAUUCUAUGUAUGGAGAGGAGGAAUAA